AAUCAGUGCCAACCUGGGAGUGUGUCGGAAGCUAUACGGAACAUGAACGAUGAAUGAUAUGUGUAUGGUGAAGUGUCGCGAAGGGAACAUUGCUAGUGUGCAGAAAACAUAACGAGAAGCAAAAAACAAGCGACUAAAGACUUCGAACCUGUACGAGAGCCACGAUGAACUUCUUAAGGAAUCUAAUACAGGGCAGCUCCUCAGCAGCCAGGGCAGAAGCGGCUCUGAAGAAGAAGGGGCCUGUGGCAGCUGGAGGCUUAGGUGGCCCUCCUCCAGACACAGAGGGCCAGAGGGAGGCUGUCAUCACCCAGGAGAACACCAACGGCAGUGGCACCAGUCCACCGCUGUCACCCGCUUCCACCAACUCCGACGCCUCUUUGCCAGGCUUGAGCCAGGAGGGUGACACACCAUCAAUAGGCAAUGACAGCACCACCAUCAGCAGCAGCAGCACCCCUUGUGUGACCUGCGAAAGUGAGGUGCCCAGCUGUGGCAGUGUCUCCGAGAUCCUCCAGACCCAUCCACAAGACAACACACGGCCGCACGAGUCAACAGGAAACUCAGUGUCUGAUUCAGUGGGUCAGAGCAUUGCCCAAAAUGGGGUUAAGAAAGAUUCUGAGUACGAGAGUGCCGAGGAGCUUGACUCAGCAACCUACAGCUCACCGCAGUCUGAGGAGGCUUCUCGGGUACCCAGCACCACCGUCACUCCUGAGGGUGGCAGCAGGGAGGAAUAUGAACCUGGGGAGUCAGGCUGUUCUUCCUUAGGUGACCUCCAGACAGACGCAAACCUCCCUUCCCUCAGUUCUGUGAAUGCUCCGAGUGGUGAUGAAACUCCUAACCCGGUAACUGUUGAGCUUGUGAAUGGUGUUGAAACUGAUGCAACCUCAGAAACUGCCCCUGUGAUCAGUACUGAAAUCUCCACUAAUGCUGGGACUGAUACUGUUAAUAGUGCAGAGAGUGAACAGCCUGUGACUACCGUGUGUGAAUCCAUUUUGACUGUGACUCAGAACGAGGUUGUUGAAGAAUCGAUAUUAGAAAACACAGUCUUGGUUGAACAGCAGGUGAUAUCAGCCACACACACUGCAACAAACAGCACUUCACCUGAGCCUGAGAAACCAGUGGAUGUAAGUGAUAUCAACCUUGAAUUAGGAACCUCAGGUGGUGACAGGGAACCAGGCACUUGUGACCCUCCCACAUGCCUGUCAGGGGAUGUGAGUGAAGCCAAAGAAACAAGUGAUCAGGAAGCACCAGGUGAGGGUGGAAGUACACCUGAAUCACAGGUUGAUGGGAGGAUAACAGAGGAACCCAUUGUCUCAGAGGCUAUCAGUGGGGCUGAACACACAGCCCAUUCAUCAGAGGUAAGCUCAGCCACACCUCAAGAAGCAGAACAGUCAGUAGUUAAGAGUGAAGAGCCUCAGGAAGCAAGAGACACACCUGCACCUCAUGAUCCUGAUCAACACACAGCAGUAGAGAGCACCAGCCAAGCCUCAUCCCCACCCCCAGAACACGUAGAAGAAUUCUCACCACCCUUACCAUCUCAGGAAACUGGAGAGACACCUGCCCCUGCCCCUGAGCAAUACACAGCAGUAGAGAGCACCAGCCAAGCCUCAUCCCCACCUCCAGAACAGGUAGAAGAAUCCCCACCACCCUUACCACCUCAGGAAGCUAGAGAGACACCUGCCCCUGCCCCUGAGCAAUACACAGCAGUAGAGAGCACCAGCCAAGCCUCAUCCUCAUCCCCAGAGCAGCCAGAGGAGUCGCCACCAUUCUUACCUCCACCAGACCCAGACGAUCUCCCCAUUGCGCCUAAGAAGGGGUACAACCUUGACUUCUUGGAUUGCCUAGAUGACCCCAACUUUAACCCAUUUGCCUCCAAGACUGCCAUAAGGAACACCCCUCCCCCUAGCCCAGAGCCUGGCCAUAAGCUUCCUCCCCUUAAGCCAGCAGUCAAAAAGAAGGGUAAAAAGACUCCUGAGACAACUGCAGAUAAACAGAAAGAGCCAGAGAGUUCUAACUUACCAAAAGAUUUGCAAGAUCAGUCAAGCAGGGAAAGAGAAGGUGCAUCUCCUCAACCUUCUCAGGACACAAGGAGGACUCCUGAACUCCAGCAGGAAGAAGCAGAGCUCAAGGCCAAGUCAUCAGUGCUUGAGAUCCCUGUUGAUGAUGGUGACACCCCUGCCAAGACUCCUGUUAAGCCAGUGAGGAAGCCAGCACAGAGGAGACCACUGAAGAAGACACCACCCAAGCCAAAGGUAACUGAGCAGAACAACAACAGAGUAGAGGAGAAGGAGGAAAAGGUAGUGAGUCAGGUGCAGGAAGAGGACGCCGACCUUCCCAUCCCCCCCUCCAAAGGCUACAACUUAGACUUCCUUGAUAGCCUUGAUGAUCCAAACUUCAACCCUUUCUCAAGCAAGACUGCCAUAAGAAAUUCUCCCCCAAGUUCAGGAGCUGCCUUCCCUGCCUCUCAGGACUCACAGGAGACACCAACGGAACAAGAGGCUAAGGUUGUUGUCGCACCCAAGAAACCUUCACCAAAGAAAGGCUUUAAUGUUCCCAAGAAAAAGGAAGUUAAGAGGGAAUCUCCUGAGGCAAGUGAAAGAUCUCUAAGUCAAGAAAACAAGAAACAGGAAUCAAUAGAAGUUUCUGAUACCAAGAAACCUGAAACUAGUCCUAGCAAAGAAGAACCAAAACAGGAGGAGGAGGAAGAGAUACCUGUGCCUAAGAAGGGAUACAAUCUUGAUUUUCUGGACGAUCCCAACUUUGAUCCAUUCCAGUCUAAAUCGCCCCUCGACAAGGCCAAAUCUGGUGCCAAAACUGCUGCUGCUGAGGUUGCAGCUAAUGCUGAGGGCUCUGUGAUAACCAACACUAGUGCCAAGUGUGUAGAGAGUAAAGAUAAGCCAGAUCAUACUAGUGCGGAUGCUUCACUAGAAGAGGGACAGCCAGAACUUGUGAGUGAACCAACCUCUGAGUCAGAAAAAGAGGUUAGUGCAGACUCGGCAGUUCCAAGAGAAAGCCCAGAGGAAGAAAAAGCAACCCAAGUGUUUACUGAUAACCCAACAGAGUGUGCAGAAGAAAGCCUAACCCAGGAGCUCACAGACAAGCCAAAGAAUCAAAACAGUGAGCCUGACGAGAGCUAUGCAACCAAAGACGACAAUCAUAUUAAUCAAACUGUAAAUCAAAACCUCACAUUGCAACCUCUGGGGCUAGACUUAGAAAACAACUGGAACACAGAGGACAAACCGGACGCAGAGAACACAGAACCUUAUUCAGGUGUGUUCAGAACCCCUUCUGUGGGCACCAUCGGCCAACUAGACAGCCUAGAGUUUGAAGAGCUGCUGGAACACGAGGCGAGCAGGAUAGCAGAGGAGUUUAUGAACUGUUCCAGAGACUCGGGACUUCCAGACUACGACGAAAGUCCAGAGAGUAACCACAACCACAACAACCACUCAACCAUGGCUGACAUGAACUGCACGAACAUCCACCAGGUGGAUGAAAAUGUGAACCCCUUCCAGAGGAACUCCAAACUGUCCAACUCUCCACCUCUGGGCAAGCGAGGCGCAGUGUGUGGGGCCGAGAGCACAGACUCCUUUGGCCGUCCUUUUUCCUCCAGAAGAGCACUCAAGAGGGACAUUGUGAUGGGGGAAGAGAGGCUGGACACUUCGAGUUUGGAGGACGACUCGGGGAUUGCCCUCGGCUCACGGUCUGAUCUUGAGGAGGAGGUGAACCACAGCGAGGCGGGACCUGAGAUAGCCACCGGCUUGACCUCCAGUGACCUGAAGUGUGCCUCUCAGUUGAACUCAGACGACCUUGAGGAUGAUGAUGACGAGGAGGAGGAAUUCUCAGACCGGAUAACGGACGAAGAAUUCCUUUCCUCCGAGACAUUCUUCAAGGAGGUGACAGACUUUGACAUCAGAAGGACCCCCCUCAUGUCACCUCUCCUGGGAAGUCCUGUCUCGAGAUGCUGCCUGAUGAGACACAGUCGACAGACAACAGAACGCCCUGUAAAAAACCACAGUAAGCUGGUCGGCGAUGACGUGACGCCCACCAAAGACAAGAAGGAACCUCCCGCCGGUGCUCCCGAGUCCCCGCAGAACAAGCCCACCCCGUCCACCUCCUCCCCCGCACCCCCUCCACGAGAGGAGAGGUCAGCCCCUGAGGGCACCAGCAGCCCCAGCCCCCGCCCCAGCGACACCGCAGAGCGCAAGUCCCUCUCGGCCCGGCCCACAUCAGCCCCGCCUGAUGGGUAUAUGACAGCCAGUGAGGUGCAGGAACUCUUGAAGCGACAGGAACUCAAGUUUGAGGAGAAGCUUCUUCGUGUGGAGCUCUCAGCUGGGGAGAAAGAGAAGAAACUACAGCAAACCAUGAAGGACGAACAGAAGGAGCUGCAGAACCUGGGGAGCUCUGUCACAGAGCUCACCCAGUCCAGGGAUGCCCUGCUGAAGAUGGUGGGGCAGUACAAGGGCAUGUUGGCCUCCCUGGUGUCAGAGAAGGAGAAGGAAAAGAAGGCAUCCGAGGAUAAGAUCGCCGCACUGCAGGCAGAGAGGGAUCAGGCGCUGGAGGACUUGGCUAAUGUGGAGGUGGCCUUCUCGGAUGUCCACAG